UGGGUCAGCAGGCGGCGGUAACAGCAGGAGCGGCGGCGGCCCGAGCAGGUGGCAGUACACUCCUGCCUCGCUCUGCUGCCAACACACCACUUUUUUGACGGUUUUUCCCCCGCUUGUUGGGAACGGGUGCAGGCUGAGCCGCUGAGUGUGGUGUUGCUGUGGAUGGCUGCUGAGGGAGGCCCGCUGGGCGCAGGCACCGCCAGCCUCCUGUGACUAGAAAUAACCGGCGCAAGCGAGCGCUGUGUGGCACCGCGCGGUGGUCCUGGCGCACAUGGCGGCAGUCGUUCCAGUGGCGCCUCCGCCGCGGCACUGACACUGUCUCUGUCGCUGCCGCCGCUUCUGCCGCCGCCGUCACCGCCACGCUCCCUCCGCCGCGCCAGCAGCCGCGUCCUGCACAGGUGGAGUGGGUCGUGCAGGCGCUGCCCUCGGCGGCUCCGGGCCUGGCUCCUCCUACCGCCAGCCACCGGGCGCUGCCUCGGCCUCGCUUCCACCGUCGCAUUGCGGCAACUCCGUCAGGUUGUCCCUCACCUGACGCCGCCUCACCUGGCCGGCAGGUGGGCAGGAAUCGUCGUCCGGGCGGGGGACGCCGGGCUGCAGGCAGCAGGUGGAUGGUAGGGUGGAGCGGGCCCGGGAGUGCCGGCCGCGGUGACCCGCCAGCACCAGCACGUGAGUGUGUCCCCCACCGGGCCCCCGCCCCGCACCUGCUGCCCGGUGGGCCUCACCUCAGCGCACCUGCGGCGUACACUCUCCCUCCAGCAGUAGUGACCGUCGCGGCGGGCCACUCGGUGAUCCCCGGGACAUGGUGGCUGUGAGGCGGCAGGUGUGCGGCCGCCUCACCUGGAGCACCUCAUCCCUCCAUCCUCGGCUCUACCUUCACUGCUGCACCAUGUCUGUCUCUGUGAUCAUUUCUUACUUUUUGUACGACCGUAGAAUAACGCACUAGACAAUCUAUCUUUUUACCUUUUGAUACAUGGCUGUGAACUCUUUGUACUCGUACUUGUGCUCCAUCUGUUUGGAGUGACUGUCUCCUUUCCGAGACGCUGUUAGAGGUGCGGCGUUCGAGUCCCGCUUACUGACUGAGUCAAGUCUUGCCCCUGGACACUACAGCCAGUGACUGCCGACACAACUCACGUACAGGAAACCAGAUGACUUAAGGAGGAGAGGAGGAGGCUUGUGUGAGGCACGCAAGGGCCUUGAAGGACGUGCAGGACAGCCCCAAGAGGAUGCAAGUGAGCGUGACGAGCUGCCUGAGCCCCGCUGGAGAGUGACGGUGCUGGCGCGAGCUAAGGGCACCGAGUGCUAAACGACCACCUUAAGUGACCUGAAGAGGACAAUAGUGGCGCGGGCAGCUGGUCACCACAAGGGUGGGCGCAGAGUUUCGCCAGCACCCACUGGUGUUGUCUGAUCAGCGGGGUCACAGUGUUGUGUUGUGUUGUGGUCGACGGCGGCGGUGGUGGCGCUGCAGCGGUGUUGUGGUGUCACCGGGCGUUGGUCCCCGGCAUGUGAAGUCCCCCGCCCGCCGGGCAGCCCUCGCCCAUCCCCGCCCAACAUGCGGAAGCUUCCCCUGCGGUGCUCGCCCACCCCACACAAUGUGCCGGGCGUCAGUCCCCCACCCGCACCCACCCCUCCACCCACGGCAGGCCUCUCACCCACACCCACACCGCCCACCACACCCGCUCGUCGCCUGGUGGCUUCACGCUCCUUGGGCUCCACCUCGUCGCCACCCCUGACGCCCCCGGUGUCUCAGUACAGCAUCCCGCCCUGUCUCCCAUCACACCAGCACCACGCCCAGCUGCCACCCACCCCUGGCCCGCCCUCACAUCGCUCCCUUCCCGCCCUUCAUGCCCACCAUGUGCAGAAUGACGGCCAAAGUCACCACUCUUCUCACCCAAUCCUGCAUGGGCCUCACCCACCCCCGCCCGACACUCACCCACACCACUCCUCUCACCCGGCCCUCCUCUCACAGUCCCCUCACUCCUCCCCUCCCGCCAAUCGUCCACCGGGGCACUUUUCCCACGCGGCCGCCCUCAGCGGACACCAGCACCCUCGCCAGCUGCCAGGCCUGCCGCGCCACCACACCAUCGGGGGCGUGGGCAGCGGCCGCAUCCUGCCCCCUGCCCCCCACCACGAGGCGUGCGGGGCAGGGAUUGUGUCCUCCACCUCCCCUGUGCCGGCCAGCCCCAACCCUCAGGUCAACUCCACCCUGGUGUCCAGUCUGGCGGCGCGCCCUGCCCACGUGCUGCACUCUGCCAACUACAAGUACAGCCUGGACGUGCCGCGCGUCAACCUGCGGGAGGCGCGGAGCAACACCUACCCUCCGCCAGGCACCGAUGGCUCCUCGGCCUCCCAGUCCUCCUCUACCACCAGCGGCGCCACCAGCGGGCCAGGUUCCAGUGGCUCCCAGAACUCCCCCUCAGACCUGUACCCGCCGCCCUCGCCGCGGCUGUCCCCGGGGGGCGCUGUGCUGGGCCUGACGGGCCGGAUGUCGCCCCAGGUGCCACCCACCUCCCCCGCCGCAUUGGUGCCGCCCCACUCCCCGGGACCACGAUCCUCCCUCUCUUCCUCAGUGUCCUCCUCUUGCGCCACAUCCCCCGUGCCCCGACACUCACCCGUGCCCCGCUCCCCCGUCCAUCCCCCUGUCGCCUUCACCCAGUCCGCCCGCUCUUCUCCCAGUCCCGCCCACGCCUCUCCAAGCCAUAUACACGCCUCGCCCAUUUCCCGCGCCUCUCCCCUGCCGGCGCGGGGCUCCCCCACGCCCACCGUGCACGCGGGCAUCUCACCUGUGCGGAGAAAGAGCACCAUCUCGGACCCCGGCUCGCCCCUACUGCGGAGGACUACGCGGCCGCCCCUGCAGCGAUCACACGCCACCGCUGGCAGCGUGAGGAAAACGGACAAUCGAGACCGGGAGCUGGAGGAGGAGGAGCGGGAGGAGCUGCUGGGUUCUGACGAUGAGGAACAGGAGGACCCCUUCGAUUACUGCAAGGGUGGCUACCAUCCCGUCAAGAUCGGUGACCUCUUCUACAACAGGUACCACGUGAUCCGCAAGCUGGGCUGGGGACACUUCUCCACCGUGUGGCUCUGCUGGGACCUGCAAGCCAAGAGGUUUGUGGCUCUCAAGGUGGUGAAGAGUGCCGCUCACUACACGGAGACAGCGCUUGAUGAAAUAAAGUUACUGAAAUGUGUUCGAGAGUCCGACGAAAAUGAUCCAAAGCGUGACAAGACAGUUCAGUUGCUGGACGACUUCAAGAUCAGCGGCGUUAAUGGGACUCACGUGUGCAUGGUGUUUGAGGUCCUGGGGCACAACCUCCUCAAGUUCAUCAUCCGCUCCAAUUACCAGGGCAUCCCCCUUGCUAAUGUCAAGAGCAUUACACGACAGGUGCUGGAAGCUCUUGACUACUUACACACCAAGUGUCAGAUCAUCCAUACUGACAUUAAGCCUGAGAACAUCCUGGUGUGUGUGGAUGAGGCUUAUAUCCGCAAGUUGGCGUAUGAAGCAACACAGUGGCAGAAGAUGGGACUCAAGCUUCCUGGCUCCCUCGUGAGCACAGCACCCAAGCACUACUCCCAGCCUGACCCUAACACAAAAAUGUCAAAAAAUAAGAAGAAAAAAUUGAAGAAGAAGCAGAAAGCCAAGCAAGCACUGCUAGAGACACAGAUGAGAGAACUGGAGGAGAUGGAGGAGAAGGAAGCUCGACAGGCUCUGGAGGCUUGUGACAUCACCACCACUAAUACAACAGUGUUGAGUAACGACUCCAGCCUGGAGGAGCCGAGCAUUGAGAUUCAAACCAAUGGACAGCAGCAGCAGCAGCAACAACAGCAGCAACAGCAGCAGCUGCAGCAGCAGCCACAACAGCAGCAGCAACAGCAGCAGCAACAACAGCAGCAGCAGCAGAAGCAGAUGCAAAGGCAACAGCAGCAGCAGCAGCAGCAACAGCUAGAGAAGCAAAAGAGUCUGGAGGAGGUGCCAUCCAAAGCACAGCAGGAGCAGCAGCCACUGUUGCUGCAGGAGGGUGAAGCAAAGCUCAGCCAGUCUCACCCACAGCUACACCCACCACCCCUUGACCAGCCCUGCCUCAUCACUCCCACCCUCACCCUGGAGGAGGAGGCCCAACAGAAGCUGGAACAUCGCAAGAGUCUGGCUGAGAUGUGUGAAGGUGAUGUGCGUCCAGGAGGGGCUGUGGGGCUCACCCUUGACCCUCUCAUGAAUGGCCAUGACUGCCCCAGACCAGUGCUGGGCCGUUCUGAGUCUGAAAUCACUCCUGACAUGAGACUUCCACCUGAGGAUGAAGAGCCUUUGCAUCCUCCUGCCUUGAAAAGCAGUGACACCAAGGCCCUGAAACACCCGGUUUUCUUCUCAGACGGGGAGGAAAUUGGCACCAACUUCACCAACUUCAAUAGUGGCAACAGUGGUGGUGGCAGUGGCAAUAUUGGCAGUGGCGGCAGCAGCGGAGGGAUGCGAAGGGUGGCCUCCUGUCCCGACCACAAAUCCAUCGACCACGUCCCAGAUCCAGUCCACGAGGUGUGCGACAUGAAGGUCAAGAUUGCUGACCUGGGCAAUGCCUGCUGGGUGGACCACCACUUUACAGAGGAUAUCCAGACCCGACAGUACCGGUGUCUGGAGGUGCUGCUUGGGGCUGGCUACGGUGCCCCUGCUGAUAUCUGGAGCACUGCCUGUAUGGCCUUUGAGCUGGCCACAGGAGACUACCUGUUUGAGCCUCACAGCGGGACAGACUACACCCGGGACGAGGACCAUCUGGCUCACAUCAUUGAGCUCCUCGGGAAGAUUCCUCGCCACAUAGCUCACUCUGGGAAAUACUCCAAGGAAUUUUUUGAUAAGAAAGGUGACUUGAAGCAUAUCACCAAGCUCCGUCCCUGGGGCAUGUUCGAGGUGCUCACAGAGAAGUAUGAGUGGCCAGAGGAAGAGGCUCGAGCUUUUAGUGAUUUUCUCACCCCCAUGUUGGCAUUUGACGCUUCUGAGAGGGCCACUGCCGGGGAAUCUCUCAAACACCCGUGGCUGAACUCAUGAAUGUGAGAUGUGCUCCCGCUGCUCCCUCAGCCCUCUCUCUGGUAGCACACCUCACCACCAACACCCCAGCAGAAUUUAUUGAAUGCAGGGAGCAAUUAAACCCAGACUCAUUAUUGACCACUCAAGUUCAUGCAGAUUAUGGCGGCGUUAAGCAUCAGGGCGGAUACCAAAGAUGUCUCCACAGAAGAGCAAUGGUAGCAGCAGUGCUCCAAGCGGGUGGGCAGCAUGGUGGCAGUGAGGGGCGGGGUGGUCAGCGGAGGCUAGGGUUGAGGGUGGCAGUGUAUAUACCAGGGGUCCCGAUCAGGGUGACCAGCCCCGUUCUUGACCAGAAGUGCUUUGACUAUUGAUAUUAAAAAUUAAUAAUGAUACUGGAGUGGGUGUUACAUAUAUAUAAAUAUAUAUUUUUUUUGGUUCGUUCAGCUCUGAUGAUAAGCAAGAGACUGAAAGGAGGAACCAGCAAUCUCUCAGCGCAAGUGUCUUAUGAAGAUGAUGGUGUCCCAAGGCUCUGGUGUGGUUGUACAUAAUGACAGAUGGUGGCUACUCCUCUACCAGUCCAUGAUACUAUAUACUCCUGAGAGGGGAUGAGGAGGAGAAAUCGUGUGCUGGUAAGCCAGUUUAAACUGCUCAAACCACAAGUAAUUGUAAGAAGAAGAGCAGAGGUACCAUGGACAUCUCUGCCUGUGAUGUGACUAAAGCAACAAGAUGACCCUUCAAAAUACUACAGCAAGAUCAACAGCUUCUCUAUUUUACUGGCACUGCUACAGGCUCGGGGACAACACAGGAAGAGAGCCAGGACCCCCCUCCCUCCCUGACAACCUGCAGUGUUGUGAGCCCGGGGACAGCUGGACGGCUCUUUUUCCAAGCAUUCAUUUCAAUAGUUAUGUAAAUAUUGCACUUACUCAUGGACGUUGGUUUCUCAUCAGCCCUGAGGCAAAUGCUGGGGACACUGCAAGUUGUGGAAAGACAUAAAGAAGGAUGGAAUCAAGGGAAAGUUUUGGCAUGACAAAUACUUGAUACUGCGACUCCUCUCAAAUUAUCCAUGUGAAUUUUGUUUUUUGUUCAACUAUUAUCCACGUUCAUCUCAUACUAGAUAGCUGCUUUACUUUUUUACCUAAAAUAAAUGCAUGCAGUGUUCUGGAGGCUACUGUGGAAGUUUUCACGUUCUCAUUAAAUGUUUUAAAAAAUUUUAGAUUUGGAGAAUUGGAGAAUCAAUGUUGAUUUAUAGAAAUAUUCUUAAUUUCAGAAUUGAGAAAUGGGAGAUUUAUUUAAUGUUUUAUUUUACUUUAUUAUUAUUAUUAUUAUUAUUUUUUUUUUUUUUUUUUUUUUUUUUUUUUUUUCUCAGUUUUUUCUUUUUGACAGCAGGAGAUGCAGAAUUGAACCAUCAAAUCUCAGUAGGACACCCAAGAAGCAGGGCUGAUGUUAUGUAUUGUAUGAGUAGCCUCGUAGCCUGAUUGCAAUAUUUUGUCCAUCAUUAUAAAAAAGAGAAAAAAUUGUAUACUAAAUGCAAGCCCUCCCAUAGACUUGAGUAGAACCUUUUCCAGUUGGCUGUUUAUCAAGUACAACCCUUUCCCUUUCCCUCCUGUCCCCUCCCCUCUUUCCUCCCCUCCUCACACAACUUUAUAAUUUAUCCAGUUAAAGCUUCAUCGAGUUAUAGCUCCCUUCUUCACACUCACCCCAUACCUCCCACCAAGUCUCCACUCCCCCUCUCCCAGUCUCCACCCACUCUCUCCUAGUCUCCACUCCCUUCUCUUCCUGUUGUUUCAUGGCUGUACAUGGGCAGCAGGCAUGACCCAUUUACUUUGAGGCUACUAGGCUCUGUGUUUUCUGUAUAUUUAGCCACAUUUAUAAGAUGUCAUAUGUAUGGAUGAAUUAUUACGGAUAUAAUUUAUUUUUACUCCAUUUUAGACAUGCACCAUUAUUUUGUAGGUUAUCUUUCCUUGUGAAAACAGGACUGUAGAGUUCAUUUAUGUCUAUGCCCUCAUGACUGUUCCACCAGCCAAAAAUGUUAUCAACAGGCAAGUACUGUGAUGCUGCUGCCUUCCCACCCACCCCUCAUCCCCACCCCAUGUACUCCAGAGCCAGCCCUCACUCGUCUCACCGGUGAGAGCUGCUAUCACUCCAGAGAGCAAGGGUGUAAUGCAUGUCAUGAACCCUGGCCAUGGAGCAGUGUGGUGGGGGCUGAGAGCAGCACCUCAUGCUCUGGGGCUUCAGCAGUAAGAGGGCAGAGGUGGGGAGGCAUGCACACAGUAAAAGGUAGGCGGCCUCAACCCUGCUUAUGGAGCAUCUCCCAUAAUCAGGCUAACAUUGUCUUAUAUUAAGAUGUCUCUAACCUUGCCAGGGGUGCAGUAGGCCAACAAAUUUUGUACAACAUGCUAAGAAUUUGGGCCUUACUGCUGUGGUAGACUUGUCCAAUCCUAUGUACAGCAGGCAUAAUGAUACCAGUACUCUUGAUAGUAAAGGUGAGCACACCA